UCCUUUGAACCUCACUGUUGAACUUCCGGUUCCGUGGCAAAUUGCAUCAUGACGAAAUCUCUAUGAAACAACUAUUUUCUUGUGUCUUUAAGAUAAGCAGGAGGUUUAGUGGUUCGAUUUUAGAAGAUUUAAAUAGACGCACCGUACAUCUUAGCGUUCCGUGCGUUUGUAAAUCUAAAAAUCAGAAGAAGCUAUUUGGGAAAAAGUUGCAGCAUAUGGUACAGAUGAUGGCAUUGACAGAUCCAGAAAUCGAGAAAAUUUUGCAGCCUUUUAGACAGCAAGUAAAAGAACAGGGGGAUUUAGUAAGGAAACUAAAGACAGAGAAGGCCCCAGAACUAGAUGUAGCGAGAGCAGUUGCUGAUCUAAAACACAGAAAACAUGCUCUGGAAGCCAAGGAGCUGGAACUAGCACCUAAGGAUCUUUUUGAUAGAGCUAAAUUAGAAGAUUUGCUGAAACAAAAGUUUUUUGUCGAUCAAUCUUUUGCUAUAUAUGGAGGUAUAAAUGGAUUGUAUGAUUUUGGACCUAUGGGCUGUGCUGUAAAGGCCAAUUUAUUACAGCUAUGGAGAAACUUCUUUGUUUUAGAAGAACAGAUGUUAGAAGUAGAUUGUUCUAUGCUAACACCUGAACCUGUACUUAAAGCCUCUGGCCAUUUGGAAAGAUUCCAGGAUUAUAUGGUGAAAGACUUAAAAACUGGUGAAUGCUUCAGAGCAGAUCAUCUUAUCGAAGCUCAACUAGAGAAAUUAGCAACAGACAAGAAAAUAAGCCAAGAAAAGAAAGAAGAAAUAAGGAGAUUACUGGCUACGAUUGAUAAUCUGAGUAAAGAUGAUAUGGGACAGGCAAUUAAACAGUACAACAUGAAGUCACCUAUAACAGGAAAUGAACUCUCAGAACCAAUGGAGUUUAAUCUGAUGUUCGCUACAUCUAUUGGACCAACUGGUCAUAUUAAAGGAUUUUUGAGACCAGAAACAGCUCAGGGCAUAUUUGUAAAUUUUAAAAGACUUCUUGAAUUUAACCAAGGUAAACUCCCAUUUGCAGCAGCCCAGAUUGGUAAUGCCUUUAGAAAUGAAAUCUCUCCAAGAGCUGGCCUAAUAAGAGUCAGAGAAUUUACAAUGGCAGAAAUAGAACACUUUUGUGAUCCCACCAAUAAAGAUCAUCCAAAAUUUGAAAAUGUAGCCGAUCUCAACCUUACCCUUUACACUGGCUGUAAUCAGAUGGAAGGCAAACCUGCUGAAGUCAAGAGACUAGGUGAUGCUGUCAAAGAGGGUCUGAUUUGUAAUGAGACACUAGGCUAUUUCUUAGGCAGAAUAUACUUAUUUAUGAUGAGAGUUGGUAUUGAUCCUAAGAAGUUACGAUUCCGUCAACACAUGUCCAAUGAAAUGGCUCAUUAUGCUAAAGAUUGCUGGGAUUGUGAAUGUAAAACUUCAUAUGGUUGGAUAGAGUGUAUUGGUUGUGCAGAUAGAUCAUGUUUUGAUUUGUUGGCUCACACUAAGGCCACUGGUAUCAAAUUGGUAGCUGAGAGAAAACUUGCUGAACACAGAACAGUGGAUGUUGUUGAAUGUCAGCCACAGAUGAAGGUUCUAGGGAAAUCUUUUAAAAAGGAGGCUAAAAUAGUCUCAGAAUAUCUUAGCAAACUUGAAGUCGCUGAAAUAGAGCAAAUAGAACAAAAAAUUAAAGAUAAUGGUGAGGUAGAAGUAACAGUGAACAGCCAGACUUUUAAAGUAACAGCUGACAUGGUUAUUAUAAAGAAAUACCAGAAAAAAUUACAUGUGGAAGAAAUAGUUCCGUCCGUUAUAGAACCUUCCUUUGGUAUUGGUAGGGUUAUGUAUUCUGUAUUUGAACACAAUUUCAAGAUGAGAGAAGGUGACGAACAAAGAACAUAUUUAUCACUGCCAGCUGAGAUAGCACCAUAUAAAUGUUCAGUGUUACCUUUAAGUGGCAACAAAGAAUUUCACCUUCUAGUCAAAGAACUUUCCAAGGCUCUGACAAUGCAUGACAUAUCUCACAAGGUUGAUGACAGUAGUGGCUCAAUAGGUCGACGUUAUGCCAGAACAGAUCAGAUAGCUAUACCUUAUGGUAUAACUAUUGACUUUGAUAGCUUAAAAUCACCUUCUACAGCCACACUCAGAGAAAGGGAUUCUACUAAACAAGUCAGGGCACCUGUUGAAGAGUUGCCUAAAAUUGUACAAGAUCUUUCUAUUGGCCGCAGGACAUGGGCUGAUAUACUCAACAAUUAUCCUUUGUUUGAACAACAAGAGGCUACAAAAGACAAAUGAUAAGUCUAAAUAUAGAACAUUUGAGUCAACCACUGGCAGGUCACAAGAGAUUGGUGUCUUUCAUUGUAUGCAAUAUUUAUUGUACUAAGUAACAUUGGAAUUAAAUUCGUUUACUUGAUCAA